CACAAACUUAAAGUCAGUCUGUCAUAUUUCCCUUGAAUUUACUUUAUUAUUAUAUCUUCUCGACUCUAUUUUCAACACUGUUCCCCUUUUCUUCGCUCCGUCCCAUUCCCUUGUGCUGUUUCCGAUCGAGACAGAGCUUAAUCAGAAUCAGAGAGAAUCGACCGAUUGAUCGAUCUCGAUCAGGAUUAGGGCCAUGGAGACUCCUCCAGUGUUCCAAGAGGCGCCGAGAUGCGACGUCUGCAGUUGCACUUUCAGCGCUUUCAGGCGUCGGCAUCAUUGCCGAUCCUGUGGCAGGACACUGUGUCAUGAUCACUCCUCAAAUCAGAUGGCUCUUCCUCAAUUUGGCAUAUACACAAAUGUCAGAGUCUGCAGUGAUUGUUUCAAUAAUUAUUCUCGGUCUGGGAAAAAUGAUAAUCAAACUUCUACUGAUGGCACAAGUGCUGUAACAGAUAAGUUCCGAAGAUUAAAUGUGGGUGAGGAUGUUGUUUCAAAUGCUCAAGCACCUCGAGAACCUGUCUUGACUGUACCAGACUGCAAAUGUGGAAUGCCUUUAUGCAUAUGUGAAGCUCCAAUUCCUGACCCAGUCCCUGCACAGAAUAAUACUGUCUCAGUUGUUCAGCCCAACCCAAGACCAAAAAAGCCUGCGGAACCUAUUCCUAGAAAGCAAGCUUCAUCUUCUAGCAGCAAACCUAGUCCAUUUUUCAACCUUGGUCAAGCAAGCAACGGUAGCUUAAACAAAAAUCCAGCUGAUUAUGACAUUAGUGGAGAGGGUUUAAGAGAAGCCAUCAAGAACAGUGAUGUUACUGCUGUCAAGAAACUUUUGAAUGAGGGUGUGGAUGCAAAUUACUGUGACAAGCAGGGGAUGACUUUGCUACAUUUGGCUGCCCUUUUCAAUCAAACUGAUAUUGUUUUCAUUCUCAUGGAUCAUGGUGCAAAUGCUAAACAUAAGAAUGCACAAGGGGAAACACCUAUCGAUUGUGCUCCAGCCAUGCUGCAGCAUAAAAUGGUAAAGAAGAUGGAAGAGAGUAACGCCGUUGUUUAGCGAAUUGAACCUUAAAUCUUCUCUCUUCAAAUCCCUUCUCUGUUGAUGAUUCAACAGGCGAGCGCUUGCUAUUAGUUGUCAAUGACAUGCCAAAAUUAUUGUCGCAGAGCCUUUGAUUUUUGUUAUAUUUUGUUGCUGCAGUAAUUUAACAUGCAUUAGCAAUCAAUAAUUUGCUGAGCUCCCAUGUACAGAAACUCUUUCAGUUGCUGAUGUUGUAAUUAAUGUAGCUACCACAUUAUUAUUAUUAUUCCCUGACGAUCUUGGUACAAGCUUGGAAGAUGUUAUUGGCUCAUCGACUCUUCUAAUAUUGGAAAUCUAGGGUGUUUGGGA